AUGGCCGGCGGUAUAAGCAAACUUGGCACGGCCCUCGCCGUGGUCUUCGUUGUCUUAUUGGCGGCGCUCUUCGCCCAGCUCGUUUUCGUGCUCUGGCGCCGCCGCGCCUUCCGCCGUAGCAUCACGCCGGAAAGUGGAAGCGGCGACGUCGAGAGGCAAUCUCAGUCAUCCUCUUUCUUCUCCGCCCCCUCUAAGGAACUCUUCUUGUUUCUCUGCCUCCGGACUGACACUCACCUCGCCAGAAUCGAACCCAGCUCCACCCCGAGUCUCCACAACUCGGCCGGGUCAACCCCCGAGUCGCCGGAGAUGGAGCUCGUCGACCUGUUGAAGCUCCAGGGAGGCCUUUAUGGACCCUCCAAGAUUCUCUUCACGAUCAAGGAAGAAGAGAAAGAAGACUUAGAAUCAGUUUGUUCUUCGGUGGAAAAGGGUCCCAGAAGGAAAACGAAUAGUAAACGGAGGAGCUUGGAGGAUUUCUUCGAGAUCGACGGCGACUCGCCGGUAAUAUCACCGGAGGUGGUGGCCACGGUGGCCGAUGACUGCCAUUUGGAUAUAGAAACGACGCCUUUCUCCACUCCAUGUACUUCCCCAACCUACUUCACUCCGUCAGCCUCGCCGGCUCGUGAAGAAGGUGACAGAGCUGUUACAAUUGUGGAGGCUACUCUCGCCGGCGUAUAA